CUCCUCUACUAUCGUCUCCGUGGCCCCUGGGAGCCCAUCACUCUCCUCCCUGGGGCCGCUGGCUGGAAGGCAGCUGGCAGAGCGAUGGGCACCUCACCCCGAUUCCCCUCCCCCCGCCCCGUUGCCCCGCCUGCGCUAGGCUGGGCGGCGGGGUCAGGGGCCGAGCGGAGCGGGUUAUCAAUUAGUAUGGAAGAAGAUGAGUUCUUUGGAGAAAAAGCAUUCCAGCGUUUUUGUGUAGAAUUCAUUAAACAUUCACGGCAGAUAGGUGAUGGCUGGGAAUGGAGAACUUCGAAGGAUUGUUCUGAAGGCUACAUGUGCAAAACACAUUUUCAAAUUAAACCUGGGACAGUGGUGUCACAUCCGGGAACAUCUGCCCCUGUACAGACAUGUCUUCCCAUGGAGGAGGCUUUAGAGCUACCCCUGGAUGAUUUUGAAGUGACUGAGACCACAACGGGAAGCGAAGUGAUUAAAUAUGAGUAUCAUGUCUUAUACUCCUGUAGCUACCAAGUGCCUGUGCUUUACUUUAGGGCAAGCUUUUUAGAUGGAAGACCUUUAGCUCUGAAGGACAUAUGGGAAGGAAUCCAUGAGUGUUAUAAGACACGGCUGCUGCAGGAGCCAUGGGACACCAUUACCCAACAGGAGCAUCCAAUACUUGGGCAACCCUUUUUUGUACUUCAUCCCUGCAAGACGAAUGAAUUCAUGACUCCUGUAUUAAAGAAUUCUCGAAAAAUCAAUAGGAGUGUCAAUUAUAUCACGUCAUGGCUGAGCAUUGUAGGGCCAGUUGUUGGGCUAAAUCUACCUCUGAGUUAUGCCAGAACAGCCUCUCAGGAUGAAUGAAAUGUCACUUGACAAGGUGGCAUGCACAGAAGAGUUGCUGUCUGUCCCUUGGAAGUGAUCCAGGGAAGUAAGGCUCUCAGUCCAAGGAUUCAAGUGGGUGGGUGAGAGGCCGUGUUGACCAUUUGGUACUAGCUUACAGACCGGGAGCUAAAAAAACAAAGUUAACCAUCCUCCUAACACAGAUGUAUUAGAAUAAAGAGGAAGAAAGGAUGUUAAAACUGGAUUUUUCCAUCCAUUUUUCCUGAGAAUAGGUAUAGUUCUUCAUGCUCUCAAGAUAUGAGGAAAUGGAGGUCUGCACUGUCACAACCAGCUCUUACAUAAUUCAGAGCUGAUAUUCCAGUGAGUUGGGUUUUUUAUUUUUUUAUGAUUAAAAUAUGAGAGUAAGAAUAUGCAAAUAAUUCACUCCACCAGCUACCUAUUGAGUUCCUCUUACAUACUGAGCCCUAGGCUAGCUGCCAGGGAUGGUAAGUGGAAAGACAUAACCCUGGCUCAUAAGAAUGCCACAGUCCAAUGGAAAGACAGACAAGAAGAUUCAGGGACAGAGGGAUGUGUGCUGUGGCAAAGGUGUGCAAAGGAAGCACCUAGGAAGAUUUGUAAAAGAGGAAUGUGAGUGGAGUCGUGAAAACCUUAGGAUUUAGCCAGGUCGAGAAUGUAGGAAAGACCUUGAAAAUGCAUAGGGAAGUGGUCAAGGGUGAGGCUGGCUAGCAGGACUGGGGCUAGGUCUGGAGAAGAUCGAUUGCCACACUGAGAAUUUGUAUUUGGUCUAAAAACCAGAAGGAGCCGCUGAGGGAAUUCAGGUAGAGGAGGUGAAGUGAUCACAUUUGCAUUUUAGAAAGAUCCUAUAUUUUUAAAAUGACUAUUGCAUGUAACUAAUCACACAUACACUGUCAAUUUUUUCACCAGCAGGUUCUAGCCCACAGGCUUUAGAAGGUACGAGUGCAGAAAGGGCUGGGAGUAUGCCAAGGACAUUUUUCAAUUUUCGCCCAGGGCCUUCCAAAACAAAACUUAUCAGUGUCCUGAAAAGCCUGGCUGUGUUACCUGGGGCAAGUCACUCCACCUCUCUGAGACUCUCUUUGCUAAUGUAUUAAAUAGAAGGAAGUGUAUUAAAUCAAGUAAAAUCCAGUUAUUAGUUUAUGACCUAUAUAUAUAUAUGUUUAUGAAAUAGAAUAUGUCUGGGAAACGCUCCCUGUGUGUCUUCUUUAUUCUCACACUACACACACAACACUACUGACUCUAGAUGUGUGGAUUUUUCACACAACAAACAAUUCUGCAGUACCAGCUGGGGUCCUGCAAUUCAGUUCUGACACUAUCAAUCUGGAGUUUAGGAUCAAAGCCUGUAAGUUAAGACCUAAGUCCCACAAGACUGCCCCACUUUAAGACCCCAGUCACAAGUCCCAGAUUAUCACCUGUGUUUCUAACUGACCAACUAUGAACCAGGGUUACCAUGACCCCCUCCUUGCGUUCAUUAAUUUGCUAGAAUGGCUCGUAGCAUUUACGGAAACACUUAUGUUUACCGGUUUAUUAUAUAACAAAGGUAUGUUAAAGAAUACAGAUGAAUACCCAGAUGAAGAGCUACAUAGGGCAAGAUCCAGAGGGUCCCAAGAACAGGAGCUUCUGUCCCCAUGGAGUUGGGAUGUACCACCCUCCUGGCAUAUAGAUGUGUUCACCAGCCUGGAAGCUCUCUGAACCUCGGACUUUGGGGAUUUAUGCAAGUGUAAUCACAUAGGCAUGAAUGGUCAUUAACUCUACUUCUAGCCCCUCCUCUCCCUUCCUGGAGGAUGGGGGACAGGGCUGAAAGUCCCAAGCUUCUAAUCAGAGCUAGGUCUUUCUGAAGCUAUUCAAGAGCCCACCAAGAGUCACCUGCUUAGAACAAAAGACACUCCCAUCACCCAGGAAAUUCCAAGGGAUUUAGGAGCUCUGUCAGGAACCAGAAUCAAAGGCCAGGUAUUAUAGAAGAGAUGCUCCUCAUGCUCUUAUCACUUAGGAAAUUAGAAAGUUUUUAGGAGCUCUAUACCAGGAACUGGGGGCAGAGGGCAGAGACCAACAUGUGUAUGUUCUAUUAUUUUACAAAUACAUGGGGGAAAAGCACAUAAUAAGGAUAUUAUUUUCUGAAACUUUGGUUUCAGAUAUAUAUAUAAUCUGUUUAUAUGGGUGUGUAUGUAUUUGCACAUGUGCAUACUAGGUGGUGAUGUAAAUAUAUUUCUAACUCCAGGGAACAGGGAUUUGAAAACUGAUGGACAAAUAAGCUGCCUUUCAAUUCUGAGACCCUUUGAUUCCCCCCUAUUUUACUGCUGGCCAGUAAGUUGCUGAGGGUUGUUCUAGAAGGAUAUAGGCAGUACUUAACUACUAUUGUGCCCAUGGCACUGAGAUACUUAAAUAUGCACGUAGGUCCUUUUAUAGGGCUUGUCUAUAAAAAUGCUUUCACAUUUUUAUCCUUAAAUGCUGUGGUGGUCUUUCAAGCAGUACUGUAACGUAAAGUCCUUGCUUUUAACUUUUGUAUUGUCAGUAGCAACACCUAGUGGUAAAAGAGCCCAAUUGCAAGUAUCCUGUUUUCUAGACUAUUAAAACUGAAAGUGAUUUUAGAGAUCACCAAGUCCCAUUUGUAAAUUAUUAAAAACAAACUGGAAACUCACAUUUUUUUCCUUACACUGAAAUAUACUUUACAUGAGAAUAAAUAAAGCCUCUGGUUGCAUUAUGAUUUCUUGGAUUUCUUUGAAGCUUUUCAAAUACCCAGAAAUCACUGUUACAACUGAGGCAAAAAUUUAAGCAUACCCUGAUAGGUUAACCUGGAAAUCAUAGUUCAGGAUAUGGUGCAGCCUUUGGUGCAUUGUUAUUUACACCUGCAUGCCAGAUCUUCCGCGUUUAGCAUGAUGCCUGGCACGUGGUGAUACUCAGUUUACUAUCUUUGUGGGAUGUUUGUAUAUGUGGCUGAAGACUGAGCACAGGGAAAGAUCUCAUGAUCUUUCUGCAGGCACCAGGCACUGGACUUGCUUUCCUCUUUGAGAACUGUGACCCACUCUUUCCUUUGAGAAGAUUCUGUUGCCUGAUAGAGAGGUGGAGUGGGAGGUGGUCUCCUCUACCCCCUUCUUCAAUAGAUUCAGAGAGAAUAGCCAGGCCCUUACCUGCUUAUUAAUAGGGAAAUGGCUAAAUCAAACGUGAUGGCAGUUAAGGGGAAUGGCAGUUAAGGGGAAUGAAUUCAGUCUCCAAAUAGGAAGUUCUCAUAAAUAGAUUGUUGAGUUAAAACAGAAACUAGAUGAUAAAUAUGCAUGCAACUUAACACUAUUUAUAUAAAAAAUACACCAGUGCCACACAUUUUCUAUAGUACAUAUUCAGUAUAUGUAUGUGAAAACAUUAAAAAUGAUCUAGAAGGACACACCAAAUUUGUAAGAGAGGUUACCUCAGAGAGUGGAGAGUGGGAACUUGGAUUGGAAGAAAUCAAAGAUGUUGGCUCUUUCUGUAAUGCUACAUUUAUCUAGCCGAAGACUGUGAAACUAAAAUUCAUUUUUAGAAAAGAUUUUAGUCCUCAUAGAUAACUUGGAAGCCACAGAAACAUUUGAAGGAGAAAAUUUUAAAUGUGCUUAAGUGUAAAUCACCCAUGGAUAACUGCAGUUAAAUUUUUGAUGUAUUUCUUCAUACUAGUUUAAACAUUUAAUUAGGAUCAUUCCAUAUAUGGUUUUCAUUAUGAUUUUUCCCACUUAACAUCAUAUUGGCAGCAUUUUCCCAUGUCAUGUGGUUCUUUGAAAAAAUAACUUAAAAUGACUAGUAAUCUUCUAUAUCAAAAUGUCCCAACUAAUUCUCCUGUUGUUGGACUUUUAGGUUGUUUCUAAUUCUUCACUGUUUAAUUAGUAUACAUUCAUUGAGCACUCAACCUCUUAUGUGGUCAGGACCUGUGCUAGGGAGAUAGUGGUCCGUAAGGUAGACAUAGCCCCUCUCUCAGAGAGCUUUCAGAAUGUAAUGCAGUGAGAAAUGUGUGCAGAAACAGUUGCUCACAUUUGGUUUCUUUAGGUUAUACUGUUACUAAGGGAAUGAACAGAUCAAAGGAUAUGGAGUGUCUUAAGACCUCUGACUCAUGUCACUAAAUUGUUCACCAGUAAGGCUAUAGGGAUUUAUAUUCACAGCAGUAGUCUGUAUUUUACCAUAUCCUAAAAUCUUUGAAAAUAAUUUUAUUUUCCUUUGCUUUUAUUAUGGAAUUGAUCAUUUUCCUCUUCAUGUCUUGGUAAAAUUUGCAUGGAUUCUCACCUUUGUUUCUUCCCGAUAUCUAUGCAUUUCUCAGUGCUGCUAGAGUUAGUUUUCCAGCUUCUUUAUUGUCCAUUUUAUUGCCCCAAAUGUCUGUUUUUUCUGUAUCAGAGCAGACUGUCCAUAUAUUGUUCUGUUACAACCAGAAAGCCUAGAGUUAAACAAAUAACAAUUACAGUUAACAAUGUAACUUUAAAAAAAUAUUAUGGAAAAUCUUAUACGUACUCAAAAGUAAACAGUAUAAUGGACCCUCAUAUACUUACACAUCAGAAUCUGUAAUUACCAAGAUUUUUGCCAUAUUUGCUUCAUUUAACCUUAACUUUAUAUUUGCAUAAAUAAAGAAAAUUGCAGAUA